CCCGCUGUGGCUCCGCCGGUCUCCCCGCUCCCGACCCCGGCUGUUCGUCGCGGGGGGAGGACCGUUUUCCCGCCCGCGUGUCAGAAGUCGGGCGCGUGCCAUUUGCUGUCAAUCAGCCGGUCGGGCUCACGCGCCGCCUCUCUGCGUGGAGCACUUUCACGAACCGAACCGGACUGAAACGACGAUUGACAACCGCAGUGGAGUCCGGAACCAGCGGAGUCUGCCGCUCAGUCCUGGUUGAAGUUCUGGUACCGUCCGAACCGUCCUCAGACCCAUGGCGCCCUUCGUUCCCGCCGUCCUGCUCCUCUUCACACUGAUUGGCGGGACUUGUCCAUCUGUCAGUCAGUCCAUCGACUCGGCAGACCCCACGUGCUACGACUGGGGCGAGUCCAAUGAAGGGGCAGUCUCGGUUCUGGAGGGGGAGGCAGUCUGGCUCUCCUGUCCUCUUUUCUCUCAUCCCUCCGUCUACAACUACUCCUCCACCCAGAGCGCCGGUCACAACCUUUUCUGGUACCAGAUCCCGGAGGGGCAAGACCUGGAGCAGCCAAUCCGGCAGAGCUCACGCCUCAGCAAGCAGCGGGAGCGGCUGUGGCUGCUGCCGGCCCGUGCAGAGGACUCGGGUCAGUACAUCUGCCUCCUGCGAAACAAGUCGUCCUGCAGUAAGAUCGCCAUGGGCCUGAAGGUCCUUCGCAGGGAUCAGGUGACCCCCGCCGGCAGCUGUGAGCCUCCGGUGGCGACGCUGCCGACCCCGGCGCUCAUCCCCCUGCAGGAAGGAAAAACCCUGGACUGUCCAGACCUGAAGGACGCCACCUCCAUGUCUGACAGCCCGCCAACCGUGAGCUGGUCCCACAAGUGUAAGGGCCCCCCGUUCUGGAACUCCGACCGGGAGCCGUGGGGGUCCAGCCUGCGCUUCUACACCAUGGUGGACCACUACCAGGGGCUCUACUACUGCACCGUGCACUUCCAGCGGGGGGGCAGGCAGCUCAACUUCACCAGAGCCGUCAACGUCACGGCCAUCAAUCCCACCCGCAUGUCCAAAACCCCCGUGAUCCUGCACCCCCACGCAGACCAGGUUUUCCAGGUCAAAUCCAACUCCAGGGCCGCUCUGGCGUGCCGGGCGACCGUCCCCUUCGUCGUGGACGACCCCUCCUGGGACGUUUGGUGGACGGUGGACGGACAGACGCUGGAAAAACUCAGCGACCAGAGAUUCUCCCAGAGCAACAGGGUUCUGAAGGACGACCACAUGGACCUGACGGUGGAGAACCUCCUGCUGAUCCAGGACUUCCGGUCCGACGACCUGCGGCGCCGCUUCAACUGCUCCGUGAAGAACGCCAGAGGCUCGGAGAGCCGCCGAGCGCUGCUGAGCGAGGAGGCGUCGCUGCCGUCGGUGGAGCUGGGCUGCGGCCUCGGCGUCACUCUGGUGCUCAUGCUGCUCCUCUUCGUCGUUUACCACGUCUUCUGGCUGGAGCUGCUGCUGCUCUAUCGCUCCUGGUUCGGCACGGACGAGCGGUUCACAGACGAGAAGGACUUUGACGUGUACAUCUCGUACGCGAGGAACGGCGAGGAGGAGCAGUUUGUUCUGAACACGCUCCGCGGGGUUCUGGAGAACGAGUUCGGGUACUCGGUCUGCAUCUUCGACAGGGACAGUCUUCCUGGGGGGAAUCCGUCGGACGCCGUCCUGCAGGCGAUGCAGCGAAGCCGCCGCCUCCUCUUCGUCUUCAGCCCCAGCUUCCUGAUGGAGAAGAGCUUCAGCCUCCUGGAGUGCCGUCUGGCUCUGCACCUCCAGCGGGGGCGCCAGGCUGCCGUCGUGGGCGUGGUUUACCGCUCCAUCAGUAAACUGGCGUGCGUGGAGGUCUCGCAGCUGCGUCAGGUCUGCACCUGCACCGUCAGGUGGCGCGGCGCUCGAUCGGAACCCAGAAGCUCUCGGUUCUGGCUCCGCCUGCGGCUGGCGCUGCCGGUGAGGCCGCUGGCUCUUGGCAGGAGGAUGAUUGACAGCACCUCCUCCCACUCCGACCUGGCAGCUUUGGCCCUGCAGAAGGUGCAGCGGAGACAGAGCUGCAACCACGCCAGCAGAGCCAAUCAGAGCCACCGGAGAGCUUCCUCCAGCCUGAGCCACAGAGAUCACAGGGCUCCGGUCAGGGGGCGGGGCAGUCUGAGGACUGGAACACCUGCUGGGCAGGUGCUGCCGCACCAAAGCAACUGCUCCGGCUGCCAAGGCUUCGUAGGGGCAGUGGAAGACAGAGGGGCGGAGCUUAAAACCGAACCGGCGCAUCACGAAGACAAGACGGCAGCUUUAGAAACAGACUCCGCCCCAAUGCCGUCCAAAGGUGCUGGAGGCAGCCCUAACCACGCCCCUUUUCCUGUCACCGCCCACCCCAAAGGUCUGCAGGAUUGCAGGAAGCAAGACCAGAAGCAGCAACAGAUCUGCUUCAGACAUGCUGUUUGUGACUGAGGAAAAGGGGCGGGGCUUAUGCUGAAACACCCACCUGCACGUCAGCUUUCCACACAGACUUUGGCGUGUGUAAGGUCACAGGGGUCACUGAAGGUGACCUUAGGGCAGGGGUCGGGAACCUAUGGCUCGCGAGC